AGUGCCACGUCAGUAGUGCCACGUCAGCCAGCAGUGCCCCGCCACCAUGACGGGCGCAGCUCUGGGCAUGCCAGGCCAACUGGCCAACGAGUCCAUUGCCGACUACAAAAAGCGUUUUCAGAUUCAGCUCGCUGCAAUCGAGGCUGAGGAACAACGCCAGCUGGCAGUCAAGGCUGCCCAGCUACAGGCUGAAGAAGCGGCAACAGCAGAGAAGCUGCGGCUACAGGCCGAAGCAGACGCAGAUGCCCAGGCUCGCCGCAAGGAAGCCCAGGAGCUGCUGCUGCGGCAUGAAGCCAACAGCAUCGACAGACUCAAGUACUGGCACUUUGAACCGAACGGCGACGAGGCAACACCGGAAGAGCAGCAUAAGGAGUUCAUGGCCAAGCUCGUGACCAGGUUGGUUUAUACUUGUAACCACCUACAGUCCGAGCUGGCGAACCUCCAGCGGGCCGUGCGGAACCAUAAGACUCAGCACGAGGAUGCCACACGGGCACUGGCUGCCCGUGUACUGGACCUGGAACAGGCUGUACCAGGACCAGAUGUUGGGGCUUCCGGCAGUGCAUCCUCUAGCCGCCAACAGGAGGAACGCGUUGACCACGUAGUGGCAAUGCUAGGCGACAUAAGUGCCUUCACAGAGCCGACCGACCACAGCCACAACAACAGCUCGGCAAGGCCAUACAAGAUGUCGACGUUCCGGAUCGAGAAAUUUGAUGACUACACACAUCAAGACCCGGUCGUCUGGUGGCAAGGAUUUACAACGGAGUUGGGAAUCCACGAGGUCCCUGACCAUCUGUUCAUCAGUGCUCUGUUCAUCAACACCAAGGGAGGAUGUCAGAUCUGGCUCAGCCACAUGGCAACCAUCCACGGCGUCCAAGUUUCAGACCUGCAUAAGAAGGUCUCCUGGGAGGAUAUGACAAAGGAAUGGAAGAAGCGGCUCAUAGUGGAUGACGUGCCUGCGCUCGCCAUCAACCGCAUCUUCGCGAUCGCUCAAGGGAGCACACCGACACGUCAUGCGCCGCUCUGGGCCUCGCACUUGGUGAUCGCGAGCAGUACCACACUUUUGCCGAGAUCAUCAACAAGGCGAGAGAGAUCAUCAAGAUGGGCGGCCGCACACGAAAAGUCAACGUGGCAGCCAACCUAUGUGGAGAAGGUACGAACUGGUCCGCGACAGCAGCAGUUCGCUGCGGUCCAAUCGGACAGUGGGGAAGACCCAGCAGCCACUCCAGCAUCACGUGAGGGAGAUCAGGUGGCUGUUGUCCAGCCGCGAAGCAACAAGCCCCGAGUGAACGGGAAGGCGAAACCAGCAUCGCAGGCCGGAAACGGACAGCCAGCACCACCAUGGGUCAAGUUCGGCUUGACCGAGGCCGAGUACAAGUACCGCAACCGUUACGGCUGCUGUUACUGGUGCAACAGCACCAAGCACAAGACCUCCAUUUGCCAAGAUCAGGCCAAGGAGGAUGUGCGGCCUCGCUGGAUUCGGCCUAGCUCAUCGCCAUACGGUGCUCCUGUCCUCUUCGUCCGCAAGAAGAACAAGGACCUGCGGUUGUGCAUCGAUUAUCGCAAGCUCAACGCGCAGACGUACAGGAACACCGGCCCUCUCCCAUGCAUCGACGACCUUCUCGAGCGAUUGGGCGGCGCCCAGUCCUUCUCUAAGCUGGAUCUCAAGUCAGGGUACCACCAACUCGAGAUUCGCAAGGAGGAUCGCUACAAGACCGCGUUUAAGACACGGUAUGGGCAUUUCGAAUGGCUGGUCAUGUCGUUUGGCCUUACGAAUGGCCCAACCACUUUCCAAGCGGCUAUGACAACGGAGUUCCGACACAUGCUGGAUCGGUUUGUACUCAUCUACCUCGACGACAUCUUGGUGUACAGUCGGAGUUUGGACGAGCAUGUGGAACACCUGCGCRCCGUUUUGGAGCRSCUAYGACAAGCCAAGUACAAAGCARACCRCGACAAGUGCGAGUUCGCACARCAGGAGCUGGARUACUUGGGACACUAUGUGACGCCGCAAGGCAUCCGUCCGCUUGCGGACAAGAUCGAGGCCCUACGAGUAUGGCCCGAGCCCACCAACACCACGGACGUUCGUUCAUUCAUGGGAUUGGCGGGCUACUAUCAGCGAUUCAUCACCAGAUACUCCAAGAUUGCUGCACCUAUGAAGAGGUUACAGUCGCCAAAGGUGCCAUUCGUAUUCGAUGACGCCGCACGCCGGUCAUUCCAAGCACUUAAGACGGCUAUGCUCAUGGCACCCGUCCUUAGCAUCUAUGACCCCACCUUGCCGACGAGAAUGACUACGGACGCUUCCGGCUAUGGCAUUGGGGCAGUCUUGGAACAGCACGACGGCGAUGACUGGCACCCUGUGGAGUUUUUCAGCCAUUAAGUGCCUCCCAUCAACUCGUUUGAUAAUGCAAGGAAGAAGGAGUUGCUCGCAUUCGUUACGACUCUCAAGCGA